CUCCAAUGACUAACCCUAUCAGGGCAAGACCAAAGUAUUCUGCUGAUAAAUUUAUUGGAAAAAUCGAGUCACAGUGCCCGCGAGCUUUUCCGCCAUGCGAUAAGAUAUGGAAGUGGAAGCCACAAACCAAGAGCCACUCAUCCUCGUCAAGUUAUUCAGUGCACCGAGAAGCUUCACCAUGGCGAGUUUAGAAAUGACGAGACGAAGAGCGACCUUUGCCCUGCAGCUGCUGCUGCUGCUGCAGCUAACUGGAUUCAGUCGGACGGAGAAUAUCGACGCUGUGGAAGAAAUAGACCGCUUUUGUUACCCGGAAUCCGCUCGAAACUCGCGCCGCUCCUGCGAAUGCAGCAACGUCAGUGCUUCGCCCUGGGGCAUGCGUGCCCUGCGCAUCGAUUGCAGCUACAAGGAUUAUCGGGCUAGUGAGCUCUCCCAGCUGCUGCCCCUCUACAUUGACACGCUGGAUCUGUCCUGGAACGCCCUGGAUGAGGCGCCGAUCUUCACCAGCGACAGCCUGCAUCACCUGAACCUGAUGCACAACAACAUCUCGCGCUUGGUGGCCGGCAACUUCAAGCAGCUAACCAGCCUGAGAGAGCUUUACCUGGGCUGGAACAGCAUUGGCCAGCUGGAGGCCACAACCUUCGAGGGAUUGCCCCAUCUGCAGGUGCUCGACCUGGCCCACAACAACCUGCACUCCCUGCCGGGCAAGCUAUUCGCUCCUAUGCUGGUGCUAGGAACGCUGGACGUGUCCUGGAACCGUCGCUUCAAUGAGACAAGUCUGGAUCUUUACUCGGGGCUGGGAAUUAACUUGAAACUGAAUGUUCUCCGACUAGAUGCCUGCAGCCUGACCGAGGUUCAUUUACCCCAGGAUGUUCCCCUGAAGGAGCUCUCACUGCGCCGGAACCUGCUGCAGCAAAUGCCCAAGCAGCUGCCCCAGACGCUCGUGCGCCUGGACAUCAGCGACAAUCUGCUGGAACAUCUCCUUCAUGAAGAUACUUCCAACCUAACCCAAGUUCGUCAACUUUACAUGGAGGAUAUGUCGCUGCUGCAAAGCAUAGCAGCCAAUUCCCUGGCUCCUCUAGAGCUCCUCGAGACGCUGAGCUUCCAGAAUAGCCGCCGGCUAACUCAUCUUGAUGCUGAGGCUUUUGGCCAUGUCCCCAGGACAGCUGCUGGGAAGAAAUGGGCACUGCGGUCGCUGAGCUUUCGUGGCACUAUGCUGCGCACCUUUAAUUCCACGCUGGCGCCGCUUUUUGGACAACUUGCCGAACUGGAUCUCAACGGUCUGCCGCUGCAGUGUGACUGCGAGCUGCUCUGGCUAAAGCAGCUGCCGGUGCAGACCAACGGGCGUUGCUACAAGCCGGCCCGCAUCCGCGGCAUGCUAGUGACCUCCGCCCGCGCCGAUGCCUUCAGCUGUGAUUCCUGGCCGCGCUGGGCCUAUAGCCUGGUGGUGCUUACGCUGAUUGCCCUGAGCGCCGCUGGCAUUUACCUAAUCGUGAUGGGUUUGCGUCCGCACCGAGGCGUCACCAUGCGCCGGAAGGUGGGCGCCGGCAGUCCCUAUGCCCGCGUCACCAUCGAGCCAAAUCGCCAGGAGAAUCCGCAUUAGGUCACCUCGGAACCCGCUAAACUACCUCCUAAGUUGUUGUAUGUGUAUGUGAACAAUAAAAGAAUCCUUAUUUAAGUGUAAA